UUCGCGCACAGUCGCAUCCAGCAGCCCUCCUCCUCCUCCUCCUCCUCCUCCUCCUCCUGCUCCUCCUGCUCUCUCCGCUGGAAAGAUGGCUGCUCCGCUGGUGGCGAGGAGCUCCGGCCCGGCGCUCUGCUCCAGCUUCGCGGAGGUCUGCUCGUUCCUGGAGCGGUUCGGAGCCGUGCUGGACCUGCCCGAGAUCACCUUCCCGCAGAUGGAGCGAUAUCUACGGGACACAAAGACAGUUCCUAAACCCCUUGUGGAGCUCCACGUGAAGCUGCUCAGAAAACUGGGGAGGUCUGUGACUACUGACCGCUGGGAAAAAUACUUGGCUAAGGUUUGCCAGGAGUUGAACAGUACCUGGGCAUGGGAGCUGGAACAGAAGGGCUACCAGGAGAUGUCCAUGGAGUGCAAGUCAUGCAUCCUCAAAUAUCUCUGCGAGUGUCAGUUCGACGACAACAUGAAGUUCAAGGUGGCGAUCAAUGAGGAGGAACCAGAGAAGAUGCGUCUGCAGCCCAUCGGUCGGGACCAGCAGGGCCUGAUGUACUGGCUUCAGCUGGACCAGGAGCAGAACAUCCGGCUGUACACGGAGGAGCAGGACGAUCUGGACGGAUCCACUUGGAAGUGCAUCGUCAGGACUCGUAACGACCUGGCCGAGGCUCUGGAGCUGCUGAAGGCCCAGGUUGAACCAAAACCGAAUCCGGAUGAGGACCAGAACCAGAACCAGGCUGGUUCCAGAAGCACCAGCCCUACAGAGAAAGAUGAAGUGGUAGAGGCCAUUGGAAGCCCCAAACCCUCCAGGACCGCUGAGGAACACACUGACAGUGAGAAGGUCGACCCUGUGAAGGAGGAGGAACCCCUGACCAAAGUGGUGAAGCUGGAGGAGACGCAGCCCCCCAAGCAGGAGAACACUGAGGCCGAGCUGAAAGAGGAGAAGACGGACAGCAAAUCACAGCCCGUCUUCGACAACCGCGUCAGCACCAUCACCACCGUCAUCAAGUCGGAACUCAGGGACACAGACGCCCCCAAAAACGCUGUGUCUGUCGUUAUGGCACCAGUCGCGACUGUGCCAAAACUGGAGCCGAUCAAGGAAGGGCAGGCGGAGCGGUCAGUCGUCAGGAGCAACCAGCAGGCCAAGAUACCACUGAAGAAGAGGGAGCUAAAGAUUGCAGAGAGCUACCACAGCAACCACCUCAACAACAGUAACAACAGUAACAGCAGCAGUAUUAUUGUGUGCAACCCUUCAGUGAUCCAGACCAAGGACAGCCACGGCAAAGAGGGGAAGUUGCCCAGCUCGUUGGCGCCCCCUGGUGGUCCGGCUACCUCACAGCCGCAGCAGCUGGUGGUCACCGCAUCGAGGCAGGAACUGAGCAACGGGAGAACAUUCCCCCCCCUGCUGCACAAAGAGGGACAAAACGGAGUCAUAGGGGUCAUAGGUCAAGUCGGGGUUGUAAGUCACGUGGGGGUCAUCCGCAGCCCAUCUGAACGUCACAGAGCCCCAGGUGCAGAGCAGCAGGAACAGAAUGGGCCCAGUUCAGACCAGCGGGACUCCAGAGCUGAGCAGGAAGAGAGGGAGGUCAGCCGGCAGUCAGUGCUGGUCAGGAAGGGACCUGUCGAAGGGGAGGCGGCGGUGGCGGCAGCCACUGCUCUUCCUCCUCCUCCUGUGUUGAUGGACGCUCAAACGGUCAGACAACUACCGUCACCGCCAUCCUUAAAAUCUGAUCCGCUUCCAGAAGCUGUAGGGAGAAAAGUGGUUUCAGUUAGUCUUUCCCCACUGUCUCUGUCCCUAGAGGACCCCAAAGGACAGACGGCAGGAGACCUGGGUGAAAAAACAACGGAGGAGGAGUCAGACAGGGGGACGAAAACUGGAAGUUGUGAACAGACAGAUGACAAAGAGAGGAGCAGUGUGGUGUCUUGUUGCCCUUUGGCAGAAGAAGGAGGUAAAGAUGACCAUAAAAUGAAUACAAUCACUUUAGGAAAGUUUGAGGCAGAAUCUGUGAGCACCGCUCCGCCUCUGGAAGCGGACCAGCAGGAUACAAAGGACCACCAUGGAGAGGGGGUCAACGGCGGGCCAGCUGCCCAGGUUAGGGUGAAGGACACUGGGCUUGUAUCAGGGGAGAGGCAGGGUCCCCUGGAGGAAGCCUCCUCUGAGCUCCAGAAAGAAGGAAUCAGGUUGAAGAUCAAGAUUCCCCCCCACCGGAGAAACAAGUUAAAGGGGAGGGGGGGGAAGGAGGGGGAGAAGGAGAGGGAGCAGGAAGCACAAGAGGACGGGAGGUUGCUGAGGAGAUCUGCAAGGAUUUGCCGAUCAUCUGCUUUGCCAACCUGCAGGCCGAGCUCAAAGGUGGCUGAGAGCCAGAGAAAGAAAUUGCAAAAAAAACAGGCACUGCCCAGCAGAAUGAGGGAGGGAGAUGAGGAGGAGGAGGGAGAAGAGGAGGAAGAGGAGAGGAUCUCAUCUGCAAAGAAAGACGGCAGAACAGAACCUGUUGGGCAAAUUAGGAAACAGAGGGGUAAACGGAGGCACCGGCGCCCAAGAUGGUCCAACAUUCGUGCCAAGAGACGCAAACCGAACGAGGGAGAGGAAGCGGAGGGCAGGGGGAGGAAGCAGGGGGAAGGGGAGAGCGAGGGAGGGAGCGACUCGGAGGAAUCGUGCAAAUCGGAGGAGAUUCCCAGUGAGGACGCCUGCAGUCACUGUGGGCUGCCCAACCACCCCGAACUGAUCCUGCUGUGUGACUCCUGUGACAAUGGAUACCACACGGCCUGUCUGCGGCCGCCGCUCAUGCUGAUCCCAGACGGAGAGUGGUUCUGUCCCCCAUGCCAGCAUAAGCUGCUGUGUGAGAAACUGGAGGAGCAGCUGCAGAACCUGGACAGUGCUCUGAAGAAAAGAGAUCGAGCAGAGAGGAGGAGGGAGCGGCUGGUGUACGUGGGAAUCAGUGUGGAGAACAUCAUCCCUGAGGGAGAUGAGGGUGAAGAGGAGAAGACGACAAAGAAGAAAGAUCCUAAAAAGAGUAAAAAUCUGGGGAGGAGAUCAACCAGAACCAGGAAGCACAUCAGCUACAGGUUUGAUGACUUUGACGAUGCCAUUGAUGAGGCUAUAGAGGAGGACUUCAGGGACCUCGUUGGAGGAGCAGGGCGAGGCCGAGACAUCGCCGCCAUCCUGUCAGAGGAAGGAGGGAAGGGGAGCCAGCGGCCAAUCAGGAGCCAGGCUAUCUCUGCCAGGAACAGGAAGAGGCGGAGACUGAACGACCUGGAGAGUGACAGCACGGCUGCAGAGAGUGAGGACGAGUUCAUGCUCAGCAACAGCUCUGAGGACGAGGAAUUCGGCGUGUCAGGGCCUGAGGAUGAAGAGGUGGAAGACGAAGACGCGGGCAGCUAUGCCGGCAGCGCAAACAGUGGAUCCCGCCCCAAACGGGCGGUGAGGGGGGUGCCCAAGCAGCGACUCAGCAAGACCCAACGCAGGAAGAGGCCGAGGCGGCGGCGGAGACGCUCCUCUGAGGAAGAGGAGGAGGACAGCGAAGAGGAAAUGGCCUCAGAUCAGUACAGCGACAUGACCGACAGCGACGCUGAAAGGAAGAGGCGGGGCCUCAGGCGGGGCCAGCGCCAGCAGGUCAACUACCGCGAGACGUCCGAGUCGUCGGACAACUCCCGGGCCUCCGCCAAGAAGGUCAAGGUCAGACCCCGCGGCAGACCUCGUAAGGAGCAUCUCUCCAGCGACUUCAGCGACGCGUCGCCUUCUUCCCGAGACACGGAGGAGGAGGAUGAUUAUGAGGAUGAGGAGGAAGAUGACCACAGGAGAAGAGUGAAAAAGAGGAAAAGAGAGGAAGAAGACCUCGGGAGAAACAGAGUGAGACAAAAGCGAAGGAGACAUGAUGAGGACGAGGAGCGCCAUAGAGGGAGGCGGCUGAAAAGCAAACUCCUAGAGCGAGAGAAGACGGACAGGGACAAGACGAGGCGGCUAAAGAGGACAGAGAGGGAGGAGGAGGAGGACCCGGAGAAGAUGGGCAGGGGGAAGAGGAGAGAGAUACUGUCGCAACAGCGCCGCAAGCGUCUUGAUCAGAUGCUGAAAAAGAGGCGGCCUUCGACGGACGAGGAGGACGAGGACGAUUCAGAGGAGUCGGAGACUUCUUCAUCAGAAGAGGAUCGUCCGAUCCGCAAAAGACUCAACCGCAUCGACUCCGAUGACGAUGAAGAGGAAGACGCGGAAAAGGAGGAGGAGGAGGAGGAGGAGGAGAGGAGGCAGAAGAAGGCGACGGUGAAGAAGUCUUUAGCGGUGGAGAGGAGGGCCGACAGCGACGCUCAGGAAAAGGGGAGGGGCCGUAGCCCGUCUCCGCCAAACAGACAUCAGACCUCCAGGGGUCCGGAGAAGCCUGGGGCCGGGAGUCCCACCGGGCCCAGGGACAGUGAGGGAUCAGAUGGGCAGGGCAGGCACAAUGGCCCCUCUCAUCAGGAGGAGGAGGAGGAGGAACAGGGAGAGGAGGAGGAGGGCCAGACAGACUCAUUAAACUCUGCCCAGAACAGUCCACAGUCGUGAUGGCUGUGUUUGUGUGAAUAACUCUCGCUUCUUUGACUUUUUUUUUUUCUUUUUUGUAACUGUCAGGCCUUUCAUCCCCCGAAAACCACCUUUUGAAAACUGGAUCUCUGUCCCCACCUCCGCUUUUUCCUCCUUGCUGUUGUAUUGUGUUGAGUGCUCCACAUGGUCAUGUACUGGGACCUCACAACCGCAAAGCUCACGAGCUACGUGUUUUACGCUCAUAGUCACCUCUGGCAGAAGAGAACCAGUAAGCCGGACCAAAAAAAAUAAAUACAGCCUGAAGCCAGGACCUUCAUGUCUCAGUUGAUACACUUGUGAACCACCGGAGUUCUUUUCUCUGCCGGGUCCAAGCAGCAGGAUGAUGGUGGAUUCAUCCCAUUUGGGUUUCGGGGUUGAAUCGAUCUGUUUUGUAGCGUAACUCAACCUAAAAGCACUUCAUCAUUCUCAUAGCACUUAAUAACCCACCGCCAAGGAGGGUGUCAGUGUGGAACCGAACACUUUGGAUCAUGUGACCCGAUGGUUAGAGACACCAGACUUGAUCACCACAACAAAAAGCAAAAGUUUCCUCUAGUAAUAUCUAAGCAUACAGAGUUUUUAUUUGUCCAGGUAUGGAAGUCCACUCUAAUACCAUGGUAAUUAAUUAUGUUUUUGGUGCUCACAAUGGUGCUUUACUGUUAAAAAGUACCCAGCAGCCUUAGGGGCCAAUCACACCAAGACGCAUCACUAACGUUGCAAAUUUCCCCGCUGCGGGACUAAUAAAGGAUUAUCUUAUCUUAUCUUAAUGCAUGUCCAAAAAAACCGCUAGUAAAACCCUGGGGCUGUAGCUGUAGGCUGUAUGUAAGAAAUGGACGUCGUCAUUGUGACAUCACCCAUUGGUUAGUGGGCUGAUGUUUUGAAGCCCUCUAGUUCGGCCAUUUGGAAUCAGUCAGAUUUUUUUGCUGGCAACGCGUUUCUAGCUACUCGUCUCCGUGUGAUCCCAGCCUUUCAUGUCGGGGGACAUUUGAUGCAUGUCAUACCCCCAAUCAUGUUUCCAAUUUCUGUCUAUGCUGGAGAAAAGACCAAAAGUGAUCUAGUUAACAUUAAGUCACUUGAGUUUUAAAUGCACCUUUUUACUAGCACAGUGAGCACCACAAACAUGUUAACGCCACGGAGGAUUCACCUCCGUGGCGUUAACAUUAAAACCAAAACUAUCUGCAUGGUUUGAUUCACUAGAGGUACAUAAGAAAACGAUGGGGGUCUUUUGGGUUGUAACUUAGGUGAAUUCCUCCUUAAAGCGAGAUGCUACCUAUAAGUAAUCCUGACCAAGAUCAAAGACCCAAAUUACCGAAUGAUGUAAAGCGUUCAAUGGCUGCCUUAUUUCCAUACAUACUACAGUAACGAACAUGAGUUGAAUCCAAAAUUGAGACUCGCGGCCUGCUGAAGGACUGGUCUCCAGAUGGUGGUCAUGAAACAGUUCUGCAACACUUAACGGUGCAUUCAGGUGCUCCUUGUCAACUUGUUAAGUCAAAAAUGUCCCCUCAAACAGCUUACAAAGUACUGAAUACCAAUAAUAAACUCCAUGACAGCAGUUGUGAUGUUUGACUUAAAUGAUGGACAAACUUUCCCCGGCUGCAGUUUCUCAUCUAAUUGGCAAUUUUAGAAACGUUUGGUCUUCUAAAUGCAGACUUCAGAGGAUCCAGACAUUUAAAUUCAGCUUGUGCUAAAAUGAUGUAGUUCAAACUUUCUAAAGAUGUUUAGACGGAACAAAUGAAUCAUCAACAACAUUGUCAGAACAUAGAAGGAUCCUUUAUUUGACAUUAAAGGGAUACUUUGGGUUUGUGAAAUGGGGUUGUAAGAGGUACUUGUCCAUAGUCAGUGUGUUACUACAGUAGAUGGAGUUUGGAGAAACAGACUGUACUUCAAUGUACUGCUGUGGAUGUACUUUAGAUACCUAUAAGAAUCAAUAUCGUUUAAAUGUACUAUAUUUAAAAUAUUUUCAGACAGCCUUUUUAGGCUAAAGUGGUGGAAACAUUAUAAAUAUAGCGUACAAUUAAACUAUAUAUUGUCAUUUCUAGGUGUCUAAAACACGUUUUGCUGCUGCCUCCGUCCACAGCAGUACAUUGCUUUGCUCCCGUGCUGGUUCUCCUGUCUGUUUCUCCAAACUAUCCAUCCACCUAUAGGUAACACACUGACUAUAGAUAAGUAUCUCAUAAAAGAAACACUUUAAAACAUCUGAACUAUCCCUUUAAAGAACUGAACAAGGCCCACAUUCUGGAUCCCGUAACAUCUGGGACGUUCUCUCUCAAGACAGCCAAAGUGUUCGCUUUCAGACUGCUCACUGGUUCACACGUUCUCACCACCUUGGCUCAGUAGGGACGUCGUUUGCUGUACAUACUUUGCCUGUGCGCCGUUCCUUGUAAGAUAAUAGAUGUUCUGUUCUCUCUCAGUCCUCUUGUAAAAUAUAGUGUUCUAUUUUCUAUAUGAAGGAGAGGAGGAGAGAUGCCGCUGGGACUGAUUCGUGGACAGAUAUUGUUUUGACCACGAGCCCGUCGACGGUUUGCUCUUUUUGUUUUAAGAUUUCCGCGGCCGUUGAUUUCUGUGUGAAGUAAGACCAGCAUGGAGCCCGUUCACCAGGAAAAUGUCCCAGAACUGUUACAGGGAGCCGACACACUGCUCCCCUUCAGCCCCGCCUCACACGCCGCUAAAGGUUUUUCACAUUUGAAGGGCAGGAGUUUGUAAGCUUUAUUCACUGGUCACAAAACAACUGGUCACUUUGAAUAUCUAAUGAUUCCCCCCUUUUAGAUACAGAAAGUCAGACUCAAAAGUUACUGAUAAAUCCUUGCUGAUGAUUUCUUUUAUUUCUUUGUCAUUAAAAAAAAGUUAAUUUUCAUUAGAAGCAGCUGAAAUGGAUGAUGUCCAAUUUCUUGGGCCUGGAUUUGUCAAACGUUUAAGAUGAAAUCUUCACAAUGCUCCAAAGCGAGCAAUAAAACAAUUUAACUGGCGACUCACUCCUACUUACAGCAACGUGUUUUCACUUUACUACACGUCUGCCAUGUUAUUCAUCUUUUUUUUCUUUUUUUUUUAUCCUUUUGGCAAAAAAUAUUAUUUAUCGUUUUAAAUUUAAAAAUUAUAUUUACAAUAAUGGUAUCCCCGCUAGCAAUUAAUAUGUGCAAUCCAAUAUAUUAAUCAUAUAUAAAUGUAUAGAUAGGAACGAAAUAAUUAGAUAAAAAGACUGAAGCAAAAAAUAUGAGAAAAUGCAUAGAAUGUGAUUGCAAACAAAACCACCAUGAGAUUUACUCUUGUUGUUUGAACCUCUGACAAAGAAAUACCAGGUGUAAUUUAUAGGCUAAAACUACCCAAUUCUGAAUUAUAGAUAUUAAUUAUGAUUUCUACACUAAAAACAAGUCUCAUUAGAUGCAUUUUUUAUUCCUAAGAAAUGUGAUAAUUGUUAUCUUCAAGGCCAUGAGUAGGAGUGAAACGGAAGGAUUUGUACUUUAUUUUUUAUUUUUUUUCUUAAAUUCGAACUCAGAUCAGUUUGAUAAAUCCGGAUCAGUCUGCAGCUCUGGUUGUGAUUAGAUGAGACGGGAGAUCCUCCAGAGUCCAACUUUCUGUGGGUUCACAUUCAACACUUCAUUUUCUUCGCCGCUCUGUUUUUAAAGACGACCUGGCCUCUUUCUGAUGAGCCUUACACAGCGUGGGAGUAUGUUAUAUAGAGCCCUAGUGACGUAGAACAAAAAGCAGCUGAAUUCACCAAAAACACCUCAAGUAUGUUUCAUAUUUGAAUUGGCCUCCUUAGUUACGACACAGUCUACUCUCAAGCUGAAGGUGCAGGAAAAGAAAAAGAAAAAGUUUUAAAGAAAAAGGAAAUGCAACGAUCAAUCUAGAAAUGCUCCCUAAACCAGCAAGGAUUCAAACUGUCAAAGGGUUUUUAUUUUUUCUUUAUCUUAAGUUUCAAAAAUACAAGUGACACUCAAAUCCAAUUAGAAAUACAUCUACUUUUAUACAGUAAAGAGUUGGAGGACGAUUUUUGGUGUGAUUUCCUUUUUAAGAAGAGUUUUAUGGUUCACAUGUCAGAUGGAAAACAGACUCAUUAUGUAAAAGUGUAUUUUGUAACAUAACAUCUUGUGAAAUGCUUCUGUUACUCGUCAGAGAAAUAUAAACUGAUUUUUAAAAGUUGGCGUGAAACUGGGGAUGCACAUAAAGAGAAACAGUCCGAUGAGAAAAACAUUUAUUUUUACGGCUUUUGGUUCCAUGAAGUCUUUUUAGUGAGCCGGGCUCUUUAUAACUGUUGCCUGUGUGUACUGAUCGUAUCAUACCGAGUGCAAUCUGUAAAACGGUGGACGACUCGUAGAGGUGUUACCUGUGAUCCGGUCUGUUAGAUCAUGGUCUGACACUUUAGUCCACAAACGUUGUAGCCUUUAUGAUAACUUUGAAGAACAUACUAUAAUGAUUUAAAAAAAAAAAAAAAAUUCUAAUCAAGUCUUUACCUCACAUUAUAUUGGUGGUUUACGUUUAGCCUUGGAGACACUGUGGGGGGGGGGGAUAUAUAUAUUAUUUUUUUGCAUAAAUGUCAUCAUUAGAAAACUUGAGUUUUAGAUUACAAACUCAGACUUUAGUGCAGAAGAACUUCUCAGUUUGCCAAAAGCAUCAAGUAAGAUGUAAUUGUAGCUGGGCUAACUGGUACAUACUGGCCCCGCUGUCUCACACUCUAAUAAAUGUUGGCUACUACAUUACUAAAUGUUCUUUCAGGUACUUUCCUAACGUUGAGCAGGUGUUGUGGGACUCCAUUAUGAGAAAAAAACUAAAACUAAAAUGCUCUUUAGUCAGAUUAUGAUCUCAUUUCAAAUACAGCUUGUGUCUAGAUUUUAAACAGGCUGUUCUGGAAAAUCCCCUUAAUGCAGCAUCUUGAUCAUCACAGUGAUUUUAUAUCAUUUAUGAGCUCAACUGACUCCCCUCUGGAGAAAGAACCAACAGUUUGUCGCCCCAGAUGUUUUUCUCAUUAUCAACUGAAAUCAUUUGGAUAUCAAUGAUAGUAAAAAAGGCUCUACGGACUCAUUGAAACAAGAUGAAUCACCCCACCUGUGUUAGCAGUAAAGGGGGAGAUCAGGCUAAUGUUGUGUUUAUGCCAUCAGCCCCCCCAAAAAAAUCAUUCCACUGAGCCCGGUGUGCGUCUGUGUUCGGCACUGUGGCAGAAUCUGUUGGUUUUAAAAUGUUAAUCUGCAUUCAAACAGGCACCCCUGGAGGUGAAUGUGGCUCCUUCCAUUUCUCUGUUGUACCGUUACUGUAGUAUUGCUGUAACAUGAAUGUUUUCUAAGUUAUUAAAACUGACAUCCCAGACAUCU